AUGCGUCUUUCAUCUCCAUAUAAAGUUGAAGAAAGUGUCGAAACACAUAACGAAUGGAUAGAAUGUCGAUAUCGUCAAACUGGAAGUAAAGAAAGUGGUAACGUGUCCAGUGUGGAAUUCUGGUAUAUUCGAUCUGGUAAAGAUAAAGCGGCAGUAGAGUUGCAAAGAUUUACAUUUGAACAGUCGUCAUUUCGAGAUUCAAAUUACUCAUGGGCAGACUUUUUAAGAAUUCUUAAAGUUGUUAUAUUACCAGAUAAAGCCACUCCCGAUCAAAUUCGAACAGCAUUUGAUCUACUGGAUCCAACGAACUCGGGUUCAAUCACAGUGGACGGUUUUGCACAGUUUCUCAAAAUUCUCUAUCGUGAAUUGUUGAUCGAUGAUAUUAUUGGUCAUUUAGAAAGAGCCGGUAUAGAUCGUACAGAAAAAAUCGAUUUCAACAGGUUUCAACAUUUAUUGACGAGAAAUAUUUGUCGAGAAAUUGCGGUGAAAGGAAUGCCAAUCUACCAAAAACUAAAGCCUGCCAAUCGGUAUGCGGCCUAG